AUGGUUAUUAUUGGUGGGGGAUGUUUAAGUGAAACCUACAUUAAAGAAUUAUGGGAACUUUUACCAGGCACUUUUGUUGUAGAAUUGGAAACUGACACUCUUUGUGGACCUUUUGAAAGAGGCGAGCUCUGCGUCAAAUCUAAAAACACAAUGAAUGGAUAUCACAACGCAGACUCAUCAGAAACCUUCGAUUCGGACGGUUGGCUGAAAACAGGCGACAUCGUUUAUUACGACGACGAAUUCUUCUUUUACGUGGUGGACCGUAUAAAGGAAAUGCUGAAGUACAGAUCCUGGCACGUCGCGCCUGCGGUACUGGAGCGAGUCAUCCUGCAACAUCCUGCGGUGAAUAAAGCUGUGGUGAUCGGGAUUCCCGACGAGGAGGAUGGCGACCACCCCAUGGCGUUGGUAUUGUUGAACGAAGAUGUUGAUGGUGUUACGGAGGACGAGCUCAGGAGUUACGUGGAUGAAAGGGUGGAUGAUAAGCAGAAGCUACGUGGCGGUCUUAAAAUUAUCCAUGAUUUACCUUUAACGCCCAGUGGGAAGGUUAAAAGGAAGUAUUUGCAGAAGUUGGUUUUGGAGGGGAAGAUUUAA